CGGCACUGACGCGAGGAGCCCAAAGCCAGGUAGGCUACUAAAUCUCUCUACUGUUAGGACAGGAUGGUGUAGCUUUCGCCACAGAACCUGCUGACUGUUGUGGCGUGGGCUUCAAAGGUCAGAGUGAUGCUGCUGGUGGCUCUGCUGUGAUCUUUGUUGCUGCGGUUUCCACAGAAACGAGACAACGGUGAGGAAAAAGCAGUCAAGUCGCGAAAAGAUGACGUCAGUGUCGCCCACUCACAGUGACAGCAGUGGCUCCUCUAAGCACGACAGUAACCAGGACAGCUGGGAGAUUGUGGAGGGGCUCAGGGGUGUUCCUGCCAGCAUGCAGGAGCCUGACAGACAGGAGGGCUUCCUGCUCAAGAGGAGGAAGUGGCCCAUGAAGGGGUGGCAUAAGAGAUACUUUGUGUUGGAGAAAGGCAUCUUGAAGUAUUCAAAGCGUGGAACUGAUCUGAAGAAGGGAAAGCUUCAUGGCUGCAUUGAUGUAGGCCUCUCUGUCAUGUCAAUCAAGAAGAAAGCCAUGUGCAUCGACCUGGACACGGAGAAUAACAUCUAUCACUUAAAGGUGAAGUCUCCAGAGCUGUUUGAGGAGUGGGUGUCAAAAAUGCGUCAUCACCGCGUGUUUAGGCAGAACGAGAUUGCCAUGUAUCCCCAUGAGAGGCACCUGUUCCACCCCCACACCUCAUCCUCCCCCUCCCUCAAUGACUCCCUUAGAAAAAGGGCUACUCUUACUAAGCAGGCGUCAGUCCACCAGGCUAAGUUCAGUUCUUGGCUCCAUUCCUCAGAAGACAUGGACAAGUGCUGCAAAGACUUGGAGGAAUGUGAAUCGUACAUGCUCGAACUCAACCUGCUGCUGAAGAGCAUGGAGGUCCUCCACCGCACAUACUCAGCCCCAGCCAUUAGUGCACUACAAGCAUCGACUUAUGACAUUCCCAAAAAAGAGAAGAGGCCAAGGAGAUGGCGAUCCAAAAACAAUGGCAAAGAAACCAAAGCCACACUACAGGUCCCAAGCUGUAUCUCCUCCCAAUCCCCUCGUCUCCACGCCUCCAACCCCAAUCUCUCCACCACUGAGUCAAACACCCAGGAGGUCUGUCCCGAAUCCCCAGACUCACCUACAGACGUGUCCCGUCUACAGGAGGACUUCUGCAGGCUGGCCAACAAGAUCCACGCUACACUGAAAUCAGCCUUUAGUUCCUUAGUCACAGAGAGAGACAGACUGAGGCACACCAUCGACAUGCAGGCCCCACAGCCAGUGCAGGUCAUGGGCUUGAAGACCGCCUAUGCCUCAGACUGUCCAGAUGGCUCUCACUCCUUGGUCCACCAGGCGUCCAAUGAGAGCAAAGCAUCUAUCCCAGAUUCGAUAUCAGAAUUCUUUGAUGCUCAGGAGUACCUCCUCUCCUCUUCGUCCUCUGAGAAUGAGGUGUCUGACGAUGACUCGUACAUCAGUGAUGUCAGUGACAGCGUCUCCAUGGAUACCUACAGCAACGAGGGAGGCAGUGACAGACACAACUCUGUUAGCAGUGUGGUGACCCAGGCUCGUCGGCGCUCCACACUGCCCUCUCCCAGCCCCACCAGCAGCGUGAGCCUGUGGAACAUCCUGAGGAACAACAUCGGUAAAGACCUGUCCAAGGUGGCCAUGCCGGUAGAGCUCAAUGAGCCACUCAACACCCUGCAGAAGCUGUGUGAGGAGCUGGAGUACAGUGAGUUGCUGGACACCGCCAACCAGACCCUUGAUCCUUUCCAACGCAUGGUGUAUGUUGCUACAUUUGCGAUAUCAGCAUAUGCAUCCACCUACCAUCGAGCAGGAAGUAAACCCUUUAACCCUGUCCUGGGAGAGACGUACGAGUGUGACAGGCCAGAUAAAAGCUUCAGAUUUAUAGCUGAACAGGUGAGUCAUCACCCACCUGUGUCAGCAUGUCACUCUGAUUCAAGGAACUUUUCGUUUUGGCAAGAUGUCCGAUGGAAAAAUAAAUUCUGGGGCAAAUCUAUGGAAAUUGUUCCCAUGGGAACCACCCAUGUCACACUACCUGCGUUUGGGGACCACUACGAAUGGAACAAAGUGACGUCCUGCAUCCAUAACAUCCUGAGCGGCCAGCGCUGGAUCGAACACUAUGGAGAGAUGGCCAUUAAAAAUAUCAACAGUAAUACCUGCCAGUGUAAAGUCACAUUUGUCAAGGCAAGAUCAUGGAGCUCUACAGUGAACGAGAUAGAGGGCGUGGUUACAGAUUCAAAUGGGAAAGUUGUACACUCCAUUUUUGGAAAAUGGCAUGAGUCAGUUUUUCAAGGAGACCCACCUUCUGCCACGUGUAUCUGGAGAGCAAACCCCAUGCCAGUGGACCAAGAGCAGUACUAUGGCUUCACCCAGUUUGCGGUGGAGUUAAAUGAGCUGGACUCCACCCUGAGACCUCUGCUGCCCCCCACAGACACACGCUUCAGGCCGGACCAGAGACUCUUGGAGGAGGGGAACACAGAAGGAGCCGAGGAGCAGAAACAGAGGAUAGAGCAGCUCCAGAGGGAGAGGAGGAAAGUGCUGCAGGACAACAACAUGACACACCAGCCACGCUUUUUCAAGAAGUCUAAAGAUGACACGUGGGUGAGCAACAAUACAUACUGGGAGCUGCGCAGAGACCCUGGCUUCAGUAAAAUGGACUUCCCUGUGCUGUGGUGACCUCUGCAUUUAAGCAAACCUCUCCACUACAAGUUAUCAUAGAGGGGAAGUAUCAAACUGAACUGAGACCAGCCUCCAAGUGUCCCGACCUGGUUAACAUGAAUCACUCCAUGUCAUGGUAACCCAAACCUGUUUGGACUUCCUGCUUCCUCUUUGAGGACUGAGCAGAGCCUGUACCAACUUCUGUUGGUUUUGUUUCUGUUGUUUAUUACGUUUCUCCUUAAGGGUACAUUUUCUCCUCUCAUCAUGACUAUAAUUUACACAAAUUCAUAUCAUUAUGUCCUGUUGCAUCUCAGCAUUUACCAAAGUGCCUUUUAUUGCAGUGCCUCACUCAAUCAGCUGCUAUAACAGCUAUGCAAAAACACUUUUAUUGAGAGACUUAAAAACCUUGUUUGAAUGACGUCAGCAUGAUAUGUGGACUUCACUGGAGAGAAAAGGAUCAGGGUUGGUAGUGAACUUGUUCAAAAGGUCAAAACCUGCUCAAGUAUUCCUCCAUCCAGUCAGCAUCAUGACCCAAGGACUUUUGCUUACUUAAACCAGUGGCUGACCAGAGCUUGUAAUUGUAAAAGAGGGACUAAAGCCCUUUUUACUGCCUUGUUAUAAUCAGUCAUGACUGUCAUAGGACUGUGGAUAAUGUUUAUCAAUGAGGAAAUCAGCAAUAAUACUCCAUGUUCAAAGACGAUAAUAAACUGUACAAUGGGUGGACAAGUUA